CGCCCGCAGCUAGGGAAGAGAGGCAGAGUCGCUGCCGCGGGGCGUGCAGCCCGAACCGGACGAGGUGGCUUGCUGUGCCAGGUCGGGCCCUGUUGUCCUUGUUUCUGCGGUCCUGGGCCGGGGGUUAUCGCCCUUGCCCGGGGAUUGCGCACCCGCUCUGUCUGCGGCCGGGUCAAAAGCGGGCUGAGGAUCGCCUUGCCGCGGGACAGAGGGCGGACUCUGCAGCUCAUGUGGGCUGUGGAGUCCCCAAACGUGGGUCCCUCCCUUUCUGGCCACAAUACCGAGCCGGCCGCCAAAGCCCCGCCCGACAGUCUCCUCCGUGACAGCCCCUGCGCUCCCUCCAGCCUCUGCAGCAGUCCCGGCUCCGUCCUGCCCGACAGCCUCCAAACGCUCCCCGGCCGCGGCAGCCCUUGCGAGUCGCCCAGCAUCCAGUGUGACAGCCUAGAGUGUCCCUGCAGCUGCUGGAGCGUGGGGUCGGUCGGUGUCUACGAGGACAGCCUGCAGGCUCCUCUCGCCGUGGGUAACGGCCGAGGGUGCUUCAGGGCACAUCACAGCAAGCCCCAGGCAUCCAGCGACCUCUCCGACAGCCUAGAGUCCUUCGGAGCCCAGCACGACAGUCUGCAAUCAGUCUCCAGCCUGAGUGAGAGCUUCCGGUCCUCCAGUAUCAGCGGUGAUAGCCUCGAAUCUCUUUCCAGCCUGGGCAGCAAGUCCACCAGCCAGCACAGCAGCCUCGAGGUUAUCAGCCAGUGACUGCCUUCAUCUCCCCACACAAUGCACUAGCCCGUGAUUUGCUUCCAGCUACUGUGAGCGGUUCCAGGUUUCUGCCCUUUUCAUUCUGGAGGCUACGUUGUGCCAGCUGACUCUUGCUGCAUCCAGUGCAACAACCUCAAAUAUUUUCUCUCUGUGCUGCCGUUCCCAUUGCCUGCUUCGGAGAGGCAGUGGUUAAUAUAAUCUGCAGUCUUAACACUCAUUUUUCUGUCUUCAGUUGAGAAUGGAGAUUCGCGGUCCUCGGAGGAAUCCUAGCUACCUCUCUGACCUGUAUGAGAACAUGCUAUGGGCUGAAGGGCAAGGGCGGCAGCAGCAGCCCCCAGCAGUCCCUACAAACGCUCUUCGGGGCAGUACCCCGGCCAAGAGCAACCCCCCGGCAGAUAAGCAGAUAAGCAGAAGUUCCUCCAGCUGUGAUCCAACCUUACGGCCCAUCAUACGCCGCCGAGCCCGAUCUUUGCCUACGUCACCUGAAAGGAAGCGAGCAGCAGUUCGGUGUCAAGUUUCUGGAUGUAUGAAUCGUAUGAACCGGGUGAGGUUUGCUGAUGCUUUGGGUUUGGAGCUCACUGAAGUGAAAGUCUUCCAGAGUGGGGAGGAUCCAUCGAUCCCCUUGCAUGUCCUUUCCAGGCUCUCCAUAAACUCAGACCUCUGGUACAGCAGCUUGGACUUGGAGUUUACUAUGCAGUGCUUGGUCCCUGACUUCCAGCAGCCUGCAGACUGUAUAGAUUUCUCCUCCCGACUUCAGAAGCAGCAGGUGUGUCUUGAACGAGUGACCAGCUCAGAUCUGGGCCUCCGCGGCACCAUCCACGUUCGCAAUAUUGCUUUUGAGAAGAGGGUGUCUGUGCGAUACACCUUCAACCAGUGGAAAAGCCUCCAUGAACUCUCUGCUCAGUGGCACAGUAGCAUUCCUGAGAAAAGUGGGCAGGAUCAGGUUGAUGUUUUCACUUUCUUUCUCCCUGUGCCUCCCUUUCUCCUCCAGGUGUGCUCUGUAGUCCAGUUUGCAGCAAGGUACCAAGUCAAUGGUCAGGAGUAUUGGGAUAACAACAGAGGCAAAAACUACAGCCUUACCUGCCGAACUCACCCCCUUAAGAUGCCUAGAGAAUGCGAGGAGAGCUGGAUCCACUUCAUCUGAACAAAGGAAGUGGAUGCAGAGCAGCUUGGCAGUAGUCCUGGUGGCACGCUCUUUCUUGGCAGGGCCCUGUGCUCGGAUGGCAACAGUCUCCAUUUGAAACCUGCCAAACCUGGUAAAGUGUUCCAGGGAAGGGAAGCAGCCAAUGACCCGUGCAAACUGUUCUAAACCUCUUAGAAAGUAAAAAGGGCCAAAAUGGGUAUUGACUGACAUCUGCUGAAAGCCCAUGUGAAUUCUAGUGUAUGAGUUGUUGCAGGAUAGUUCCAGGGGAUGCUGUCAGACUACUAAAGAGGAAAAUGACAUUUCAUCUUGCUAGCAGUGUUCUUGGUUGCAUUGAGUAUUUCUACCAGAUCUAUUUUACCAUUUUGUACUGUUUGGUUUCUAAAUAGGCAGUGUGGCUUUACUGGGUUUGUUUAUAAUAUUGUUUGUUAUCUCACCAUAUCUGGGCACUAUUCCAUUUAUACAUAAUUUGGAUGGCAGACAGUGUAGGGAGUCCUUUAUAUAUAGACAUUAACCAUGUCAAAUAAUUCCAUUAAUAUUUAGGCUGGAAAUCAAAUGUUAUUAGGAGCAGAACACACAUGAAAAUGUGCCAUUGGCACCUCUGAUUCUCUACGAAAAGGCAUUUUUUGUUUUAUUUUCUCUCCAGUGUGUGCAGUAGGGAGCAGUAAGGAUUGUUACCAAAGUGGGUAUAAGGCAGAGCUUUACUAGGAAGUUUUUGCCUUUUCCAGGUGAUGCACAAGUCAGUUUUGUCUCUAGAUGGUGGUACAGGAAUUGUCCUUUUCUUGUGCAUGUUUUCAGUGUGGGGAGCUGGUUACAGAGCCUUGGAACAGCAUGUCAGCACCCUGAACCCUGGCCCCGUGUUCCCAAGUGUCCCAGUAUUACUGCAGAAACAGUUGAAUUCUUUAAUCAACUACUUUUUCCAAACACAAAGCAGAAACUUCAAACUUAGGAUCUUACUGGUAAACUAAUACUUACACAGCCCCAGAAUCCCUUCUGCAGCAGGGAGAGCACAGUAACAGUUAGAUGCAGUUUUCCCGUACUUCUUGCUCCACUACUUCAAUUCUAUGGGUUUUGUUUGGUUUAAGACUUGCAACAGGCUUAAGUCUAGUAAGUGAAAAAUGUCCAUGGCUUUUUUUCAUGUCUGUUCAUGACUGAUGGAAAGUUUAGCUUUAUAUGUGUAGCAUACAUGUCAGAACUGGCUGGUUGGCUGUAUUAGCAGAACUGCUUUUUAAGACUAUACUAUGAAAAUCAGGCCAUUUAUUCAGGCAUCUUAGUUUGGAUUGCUGCUUAUUCAUGAAAAUCACAAGCUUUUUUUAAAAUUACUGUUGUAAGAAACCCACAGCCCAAGUAUGUAUUAGUUCCAUAAAUAUGCUGAGUAAUAUGGAAGUGCAGAGACCUCAGGAAAAUUAAUGUAACAUUAGUUGCAAGACCCAUUUAUCACAGCUAGGACUUCAAGUGAAGAAGCUGCCUGGUUCCUUUAGUCUUUGGUUUUCGAAGAAACUGAAGUCAUGAAUUCCAUGAGCUGCUGAGAACCUCUUGCAGAGUACUAAGAAAGUUCAAUCCUAUUUGAAACUUGAGAACUUAGUGUGCUGUCUGCUUUAACUUUGUCUGGGAGCACUGUAAUUGUUCUGAAGGAAUAGGUGAGGCUGAGAUGUGAUUGCCAGCUACAGAGAAUGCUGCCUGCUUGCAGUCCACCUGCACUAUUUGCUGUCUCUGGGUUAGAGGAGCACCUGUUAACCAAUCUGGCAGCAGCUCUUGUCUCCUCCAAAAAUCUCUGCAGGGAACUGGAAGUCUAGUCUUCCUCAUGUGGCACAAAAGUAAGAGCUCUGUAAGGAAGGGCACUAUCUAUCUAAGGUUAUUUUGCCUCCUGUGGUUUGCUUCAUAAGACAAUACAGAACAUAUCUGUGAGCUGUUCCACCUACACUCUUCAUAGUCGAUUGAGAUGUUUUCAGUAUAGCUCAUAAACUACCUGUGGUGUGACAAACUGCAUCAUCUCUGCUGAGUACAGAGAAAAUGCUUGGCGAUGUGGAAAUUCUCAGCAUUUGUGCAGAUCUUUCUUGGCAUGAAUUGAAAUUGCAUAUCCUUACUUUGGUGAAACUUGCUCACUUAGGGUAUCCAGGAUUGCUAAAGUUCAUGGAAGAAAAGUUUAAUGUGUUCAUCAGUGAAGAAAAUGAACACACACACACACAGAGAGACAUAUAUUCAUGUGCACAGAGGUACUUGUGUUGAAUAAAAGGCACUAUUUUAAAGUAUUGUUCCCUAUUCCCUUUCUACUCUUAAAUGACUAUUUCUUCAGCAAAACCAUUGAAUUGCUUCUCAGUACACCAUAAAAAUUCCCUGUCUUAUGAGACUGGUGUGUGACACCAGUUUACUAUGGCUGUUGCUGGAGCCCAAUGCAGUACUUGGCUCACUGGUAUAAGGAUGCUGUUGCUGUCUUCUGGGAGAGAUUCUUUCAUGUGCUUGCAAAUGUCAGGUCUGCGUGUUGUUGCGGGCAGGCACAAGUUACGUAAAGCUGAGGCUGUCAGUUGAAAGGUUAAUGUGUCAGUGCUAGAGGUGAGAAACAAAUGCCGCAGCAAUACAAGUUUGGUUUGUAUUGUCUCCCUUCUGCAACCUCUCAGGGUAUUUCUAAAUGCAAAAUCUUGAAUACUGAAGUAUUAUGCCAAGUUUGCCUUUUCUCCCUUUGCUUGUUGUGCAGUGCUGGAGAAGAAUUGACAGUAGCUGUUACUAAACCAGUUGUCUGGCACUGCUGACUGAGUUGAGCAAUUGACCUUAUAACGGAACUGUGAGUGAUCUCUGGUUAAGCUCUUAAGCAUUCACGUGAGUGCUGGCACCUGUCACAUGAAAGAUGAAAUUUGCACAUAUGUCACAUUCAGUAGUGAACACCAAAAGGAUUGUAGCUGACAAAACAAACAAAAAAGAAAGGAUGAAGCCAUUAAGUAGUGCUAAAACACACUAGUUGUGAAGGUAAACUUAUGAUCACCUUUAGAAAUUCUCAGGACUACUUGAAUGCUUGCACUGUGUCUAAACUAAGCACCUCCCUUGUAACAAGGAUUUUGUACAAGUGAAUUCUUCACAAUAGUUAUUGCCAUAUAAUGCACUUUUAAAAGCUUGUGUUUAUUACAGUCAUACAAUAAAUGAAUGUCUGUUAGUCCACAGUUUCACUGUUCUUUCAAGCAUGUUUUCUAAAGACAUAUAUGGAGUCCAUGUAAAUAAAAAGGGGUUGUCUUUCUCAGUUAAAUGUCCAGAAUAAUGUAUGUUACACAGUAUAUCAUAAAGCACAUGUGCUAAACAAAAGGUCACUUGGUCCUAAUGCAGAGUUGUACAAUUUUAAGAUGCUUAAUUCAUUUUAAAAACAAGCUGUUGUAAUACAAAAGAUUGUAAUAAAAACUUUUCACAAUUUUA